GAAAGGGAGGUCAUGAUCUCUGCGCGCACGCUUCCCAGAUCUGCUGACGUCAAAGCCUGCUGUGUUUUUUGAACGGAUGUUUUGAUAAAUGUUGUUCCAACGUCACAUUGCACUAUGAAUAUGCUAUACACAAGAAAUAUCUUUUUGAUGGGCUAAUCUGAUCUAGAAUGCAGUUGGACGCAUGCCGGCGUUACGCCGAACCGAGCAGCACUGGUCUAGUUCUUGGUUUGAAAUUUUCGUUCUGGGAUGAGUGGACCGCUGGCUUUUAUGACUACUGGCACCAAUGGGACCGCGUAUCAGAGAUCGACCUAGUCGUUCCUUCCUUUUUCACGGCGUUUCGCGUAGAAGCAGCCCUCUUCGAACGAGACGCGCGCACUGGCGCGCUUACACUGAAUGCAGCGAAUGAAGAAAUAUGUGACGAUGUAUCCACGCUGCCGGACGGGGAGCAUGGUGCAGGAGGUGCAUCGAGACACCAGGAUGACGUGGGUACUAGGACUUUACUCGGCAAGGAACACGCAACUCGUAAUGCCUCUGAUUACGACGAUAACAGUGGGAGUAGGGGUUUGGUGCUCUUUGAGAAGGAGGAGGGUGCAGGGCAGCAUAAAGCGAAUGGCUUUGCUUCUUCGUCACAGGCGCAAAAUGGUUUCAACGCACCCAC